CUUCGUUAAUAUUCUGUGUUGUUGACUAAGCAACGAUAUAAAUUAUACAAACAUAUCUUCUUGUAUAAACGUUUCUCUGUUGAUUAAUCAUCCGAUCGUUCAACACUUUCGUUCGCGACUGACAAAUGACAACGAUGGAGAAUCGGUAAUUUAUUACCGUGAACCGGUCACAAUGAGAACGAAUAUUGACAGAAAUCGCUUGGCCAGUUCCGUUCGCUUGCCUGUUGGCUAAUUUAGGUUCUCGACCCGAUGUACUUGAAUUCGUAUACAUCGCGAUCGACCAAUCGCUGGAUACCUAAAAAUAGCGCGAUGCCAUAAUUUCUUUUUAAAAAAUCGUUCGUUUUCUAUGAUCUUAGUCUCUUAUUCAUCGCCACUUUCACCCGCGGUCGUUCAACGCGCACAUAUUUAUCGCACGUCAACUUUAUCAGCACAGACACUUCUUAUCUUCACCGCACUACGGAAGUUGAAUUUAUUUGCAAUCGGAAGCAGGUCCUCAAAAACCUUCAAACCAAAGAAGAAUAUUCCUGAGGGAACUCAUCAGUAUGACUUGAUGAAACAUGCAGCUGCCACCCUUGGUUCUGGGAAUCUGAGACUGGCAGUUAUGCUUCCAGAGGGUGAAGAUUUGAAUGAAUGGGUUGCAGUAAAUACUGUUGAUUUCUUUAAUCAAAUCAACAUGUUAUAUGGCACUAUCACAGAGUUUUGUACAGAAGAAAGUUGUCCCAUCAUGUCUGCAGGACCAAAAUACGAAUAUCAUUGGGCUGAUGGGCACACUGUUAAGAAACCAAUUAAGUGUUCUGCACCAAAGUACAUUGAUUAUUUAAUGACCUGGGUGCAAGACCAGUUAGACGACGAAACAUUGUUUCCUUCAAAAAUUGGGGUUCCUUUUCCAAAAAAUUUUUUGUCCAUUGCCAAGACAAUAUUAAAACGGCUGUUUAGAGUAUAUGCACAUAUCUAUCAUCAACACUUCAGUGAAGUAGUUCAACUUGGCGAAGAGGCACAUUUAAAUACAUCAUUCAAACAUUUCAUAUUUUUUGUACAGGAAUUUAACUUGAUAGAGAGAAGAGAAUUAGCACCAUUGCAAGAAUUAAUAGAGAAAUUAACGGCGAAAGAUGCCCGAUGAACAAUCUCGAUCAUCUCAAUUUAAAACUCCUCCAAAGAAUCUCACCCGUGCUAUAUUUUUAACAAACGUGUAACCGCGCAUGUUAUUUAACUAACCCAAUCAUUGCUAACGUGAUUAUUGCCUCGGACCAGGAGUCACUGGUUAUAAUACAACAUAUUUUAUCCAUGAAUAAGAAAACAAGUGACUGAUACAUUUUAUAACAAAUUGCGGACAUUCGAUUGAAAACAAUGCUGGGGAAAAAAAAGAAAAGAUUUUGACCAUUUACGAAGCAAAAUUGAUAUACGGUUAGAGUGACGAGUUAAGGGGGUGAAGAUUAUUAUGUAGACUUUUGUAAAAUAGUUAUACAUCCAGUACACAUCAUAGUACUCGCUUUGUUUCAUAAUUUGAAAAACAGAAAAUAUUGUUUUCUAAUUAAUCAAAGUGUUUCGUCAUAAAUUAUAAUUUAUUAUUAUGCAGUCAAUUUUUAUACUUGAAAGUUAACGCCCUAAAAGCGUUCUAGUUGAAGAAUGCAAAUCACAGCGUGGAUCACACACACUAAGAGACUAAUUCAUAUCGGCUAUGGAACAGAUAUAGUUUUAUGAAAAAAAACAAAAAAAAAAAAGAAAAGAUAUUUAGACAACGAUGAUACUCGGUCUCACAUUUCUAUUCACAUCGUUUGUUAAUACGAUUUUUGAGAUAUUGCGUGAUAUAAUUUUAUUGUAAAACAUUAAAAAGUAUCAUUACUUUUAUAGAUAGAAACAAGAUAGGCGAUAAUGUUUGAAAAAUAAAAUGCUGCCGUUAGCUGUUUUCACUCGAGACUAUUUUGAAACGUUGCGUUUUCAUUAUUGAAUAAAUUUAACGAUCCGGAUGUAACGUUUAUAUAUCAUUGCUAACUGCACAUUGUUGGUACAUAAAGUUAUUAAGUUAAUACUAUACUAUUUACAUUUCGUACUAUGUAAUUAGUUUGGACGAUUAUUAUCGUGUUAAGCGCUUGAUAGAAAUUAUUUAUAGAGUUAGGAAAUUUUAUUCGCACCCUUGUACGAGUGAGUUUUGAGUCUAUUCUAGGCGUAUUAUAUUUAAGCCGUUUGCGUUCCAUUACUGGGAAGAUUUAUCAUGCAUUUCUAUUACAUUUUCGCUUUGUCAAAUUUGUACAUUCUUUUAACGACACGAAAGUUUUCCAUGUAUUCUUAUUUUCUUUUUUUU